UUGGGUCCAAUCAGAGCAGAACUGUCCCUGGAAGCUGAGAUGAUGAGACUGAUGUUUUCACACUUCGGACACGUCGCAAGAAGGUUGGACUCUCUAGAGAAGAUGGCACUGAUGGGAAAGCUGGAGGGAGGAGAAGAAGACGACGAGCAGAAACCAGAUGUGAUCCACACCGUAGGCCCCGUCGCCAGGGGCCAUGUCGGAAAGGCCCAGAAGGAGCUGCUGUCGCAGUGCUACCAGAACUCCCUGGCGCUGGUGAAGGAGCACGGCCUGCGAUCCGUGGCCUUCCCAUGUAUAUCCACUGGUAUUUACGGUUUCCCCAACGAGCCGGCAGCUGAAAUCGCCCUGGAAACGGCGAAGACCUGGAUAAAGAAGAACGUCAAUGAGGUCGACCGUGUCGUAUUCUGCGUGUUCCUGGACACGGACUUCAAGAUCUACAAGGAGAAGAUGUCUCGCUUCUUCCCGCAAGACGAAGAUGUGGACGAGGAGGGCGCAGAGGCGCCGGCGGAGGAAGUCAAAAAGGACACACCUCCGUCCAAGAAGUCCAAGAGCCAGAAACGCGGCAGCGACGACGACGACGAGGACGGCGAGGAGGAGGAGCAGGAGGAACGAGCACCUGGAGACGUCGCCAUGGAGAGUCAGACAGAUCCCUUCCUUUCGUCGCCCCAAGCAGAAGCCGCCGUGAGCGUGGAGGACACCGAAAUGGCGAGUCAGGGUUACGGAGAUGAAGCGAUGAGCCAGGAAGAGUCGGAGGAUAAGAAGGACGCAGCGGAGGGAGAGACCGUUCCAGGUAAAACAAUGAAAAGUGAGCCUGCGGGAGCCGCACGGGAGGACGAGGAGAUGGACUGCUCCGAGGACGUGGCGGAAGAGAGAGCGAUCGGCCCGAGCGCCAGCGAGCCAGAAGCCUCACCGCGACAGACGAGCUGCGCCCCCAAGUCAGACCCGGCGGACGCUGGAAGAGACGUACCAGACAACGGCGACUCCCAAGAUGAUGUCAGACCGGAGAAGCCAAACAACAACAACGAGGAUGCUGUGAAGGGCGAGGCACCCCAGAGCGCUGAAGUGACCCCCCCCACUGCCAUCACAGGCCCUGCUGAAGAGACGAGAACUCAGGGUGGGGAUUCGGCGGAGUCUGAAGUGAUCCACUGUGACCUCAAUCAGUCCAAAGACCGCACCGGGGACCUGGAGGAGCCUUGACCACGGCGAGGAGACUACGUGCUCCCCUCCCCGGAGAAUGCUGCCGAACCCGUGUGCAGACACCACCACCCUGAUACGGAGCACACAGGGCGAGAGGAAUGUUCUGGAGAGACGGGGAAGAGUCCAUCAACUUUUAUGCUUCAUGAUUUUCUACUAAUCGCUUUCUUUCAUAGAACUCUAUAUUAACAAAGUAUAUAUCAAGUAAAAUACUUACAAAAAAAUUUAAUGGGAAGACAAACACACAGGGAAUGGUGUGGGUUUCCAGCCACCUUCAGCCCUCCCUGACAUCGACCGUGGCCUCGGUCGCCGGCAGCCGGAACCCGAACAGCCUGUGGUACAGACACGCCUCCUUUACUCUUUUUUCUCUCUGUGUGCGGUGAACAAGCGCUUUCUUUCUUACACACACACUAAAGCACUAAAGGCAGUGGAUACGCAGCGCAGUGGCUGUUCACACACUGCUGCAGUGUGUGAACAAACGCAGCUAAAAAUUGAGAUCUUCAGAAAAUGCAUAAAAGUUUUUUUAGGAACCUGAACAAUACCUACCCCUUCAUAUAUGAUGUAAACCUGGUACGAGGCAUGCCCCAGUUAUCUUUGAACUGAUACAGAUUCAUAGGUGAAAUUUUCUAUGAAACAAAGUGUUGCUCUAUACAGUAAAUGCUUCACAUCUCUUUGUGCCCUUAACCACCUUCACUGUUACUUUUUAGUCACUAAACCACAAAUUUCUUUGCCUGUACAACACUCGCACCUGAAUAAAAUGCAACAAAAGAAAUAAUUUUUCACUUUAGACAUUUCACUUACUAUGGUUUUUACAGGCGAGGUCCUCGAACCCGUUCACAGCUAUGAUUGUGUCCCCUUGGCCAGGAAAGGUUGGACCCCCCCAGCUGUAGAGACACUAAUGUGUGUCAUCCCCUCCCCGCGCUCUUACACUGCAGCACUGCUUUGUUUCUGCUGUCCCCCCGGCUAGCCGCCACACGACUAAAUAUCGCUCCGCUUGUACCUGCAGCGUGUGCAGUGAGAAAAUAGUCUCUUGUUUUUCAUCUUUUGGAAAGACAAUCAUGUUUCAGUUGCUAUUCUAUGUGUGAGCAGAUUAUUUCAGUGACACACAAACACAUGCGGUGGAAGUGCAAACACUUGUGGUGCGUCGUUUUGCCUAUGAGUUGUAAUUACUAGUACCUGUGACGGCUGGAGCCCUAUGCUUUCUUUUUUUAUUAUUUAUAAUAAACUCAAUGGGAGGGGGAUCAAAUACAGUUUCCUUCGGUCUGUUUUCUUUCCUUCUUCGCAGCAGCACCUGUCAGUUCCUUUCAUCGCCUUCAUUCUUGGAUGUUUGCUUUGCUCAACAAUGACAACAAGAAUAAAUGUUUAAUUGAUGCCUGAAGAGA